CGCCGGGCUGGGAAGGAGCCGGGUCCCCGCGGGGCUCGGGCCGGGCGCAGCGUGUCCCUGACGGGCGCUGACAGCUGAAGCGGCCCGAGCUCCGCCCGCAGCCCGAAAUAGCGGCGGGCGGCGCCGCCUCCAGAGCGAGCCCGGCCAUGGCGAGGCAACCUGCAAAAACGCUGUGGUACGACCGCCCCUGGUACGUCUUCCUGGAGUUCUGCGUGGAGGACAGCACAGACGUUAAAGUCGACAUUGAAGACCACCUGGUGGUGUUCAGCUGUAAAAAUGCAGACGGCGUGGAGAUGUACAACGAGAUCAAUCUGUACGCCAGGGUGAACGCCAAAGACUCGCAGCAGAAGCGCUCUGACCGCUCCAUCACCUGCUUCAUAAGGAAGUGGAAGGAGAAGGUGGCAUGGCCGCGCCUCACCAAGGAGAACAUCAAGCCCGUCUGGCUGUUUGUGGACUUCGAUAACUGGCGAGACUGGGAAGGGGAUGAGGAGGCAGAAAUGGCCAUGACUGAGCAGUAUGCAGAGCUUCUGCAGAAGGUCACUGUUAAAGGCACACCCCCUGCAAUGGACGACCUUGAUUUCACCACCAGGGUCGCGUCGUGCGGCCCCGCGGAGCUGCCGGCCGAGGGCGGCGCGAAGGAGCCGCUGCGGGGCUUCCAGGUGGUGCUGGAGGACACGAUUCUCUUCCCCGAGGGCGGGGGCCAGCCCGACGACCGGGGACUGAUCGAGGACAUCCCCGUGCUCCGCGUGACCCGGCAGGGCCCGGCCGCUGUCCACUUCGUGCAGACGCCGCUGGAGCCGGGCCGCGAGGUGCUGCUGACGCUGGACUGGGACAGGCGGUUUGACCACAUGCAGCAGCACUCAGGGCAGCAUCUCAUCACUGCCCUUGCAGAUCUGAUGUUUGGAUUCAAAACAACUUCAUGGGAGCUAGGCCAUCAGCGCACUGUCAUCGAGCUGGACACGCCCUCUGUGACAGCAGAACAGGUGGUGGCCCUAGAGGAGAACGUGAAUGAGAAAAUCCGGGCCCGUAUUCCUGUGGUGGUGAGGGAGCACUCUGAGGAUGACCCAGAGAUCAAGACGGUGAGAAGCCGCGGUUUGCCAGAUAACCACACAGGGCCAGUGCGCAUCAUAAGCAUCGAGGGCAUAGACGACAACAUGUGCUGCGGGACUCAUGUCUCCAACUUAAGUGACCUGCAGGUUAUUAAACUCCUUGGCACAGAAAAGGGAAAAAAGAACAAAACCAACUUGGUCUUCCUGGCAGGAAAUCGAGUAUUGAAGUCUGUCGAGCGAAGUCACGGCACUGAGAAGGCACUAACCUUGCUGCUUAAAAAUGGAGCAGAGGAGCACGUGGAGGCUGUGAAGAGGCUGCAGAAUUCUGUGAAGCUGCUUCAGAAGAACAACUUGAACUUGCUUAGAGACCUCGCCGUUUUGACAGCACAGAACUUCAAAAGCAAUCCGGUCCGAGGCCGAGUGUUUGUGUUACACAGGAAAGACGGUGACUCUGAGUUCAUGAAUAUCAUCGCCAAUGAGAUCGGGACAGAGGACACCCUGCUCUUCCUGACCGUGGGAGACGAGAAGGCAGCUGGGCUCUUCCUCCUGGCUGGGCCCAGUGAAGUGGUUGAAAAAUUAGGCCCCAGAGUGGCGGAACUGCUGGAAGGCAAAGGAGCCGGGAAACGGGACCGCUUCCAAGGCAAGGCGACCAGGAUGAGCAGGCGAGCAGAGGUGCAGGCCCUGCUCCAGGACUUCAUUGGCCACCAGACCCUGGAGGAGUAAGGACCAGCCCUCGCCAGAGGAUUCCCCCAUCUGCUGCUCAGUGACCUGGGACGACAGGGUCACUUGCUGACUCCCUCUAGACGAAUAAAAGUUGUGUUACGAGAA